ACAGCGAGAACCAGCACAGAACACACAAUUACAAAUCAUUUGUGAUUACUUCUCUUCCUCCAUCUUUCUUGGAAAAUGCUGCAGACGCGCAGAGAAACUUUCAUUCCAAGUAAUUAGAUUAUAAGAGGGCAUUAGCAUGCAAGGUGAUGUACAAACAUUAGCUUUGCAUUUUAUUGCAUUCUUCCAAUACUACGUACGAGAUAUCCUUUUGCAAACUUGAGCAUUCUCAACUCAAUUGUUACACAACCCCUCUUCGACCUGUCAAUAGUACGUUCUUUGCUGGCAAUCGAUCGAUCCGAUUAGUUUCUGUAAUACACCUUGCAGUUAUAGAGCAUGAGUAGGUCAACCUUCAGUGCCCUGCAUGAAAAAGGGGGAAGCAAUAUUGGGUUGAUUCUUGAUGUUCCGAGAAGUAGUCUCGGCAUGAGCAAAAGAAAAUGGCAUUCUGCUUUCAUCACCAUCUAUUGCUUUAGAGCCUUCCUCUCUUUACGACCUUCUACUCUUCCCAAACAUACCAACUCCACAUUCAUAUCUCGCACACUCACUUACUCCAUUGUUAGAGUCGAGCCAGCCUUGGUCCCAGCCAUUAAUGGAUUCAAAGCAGACCCAAAAAGCCUCACUGAGCUUGUGAAGGAGAAAAAUCUCAAAGAGCUCUUGGAGCUUGGAGGGGUUGAAGAAGUAGCAUCAGCUCUCAAAACUGAUGCAGAGCAUGGAAUCAAUGGUGAUGAUACUGAAGACGCUGCGCGCAGACAUCAAGCAUUUGGUUCCAACACAUACAAGAAACCGCCAACGCAAGGAUUCCUUCAUUUUGUGUGGGAAGCCUUCAAAGACAUCACAAUUCUCAUUCUUUUAGGCUGUGCUGCACUCUCUCUUGGUUUUGGUAUCAAAGAGCAUGGAUUAAAAGAAGGUUGGAUUGAUGGUGGAAGCAUUAGUCUUGCGGUCAUUCUGGUGAUUUCUGUUUCAGCCAUUAGCAACUACAGACAGAGCAGACAAUUUGACAAAUUGUCCAAGGUCAGUAGCAAUCUCCAAAUUGAGGCCGUGAGAAAUGGAAGGCGCCAACAGAUUUCAAUAUUUGAAAUUGUGGCUGGUGAUGUCAUCUGCUUGAAGACUGGAGAUCAAGUACCAGCAGAUGGAUUGCUUCUAGAUGGCCAUUCUUUAUCAGUAGAUGAAUCAAGCAUGACAGGGGAGAGCGACCAUGUUGAGGUAAAUGCCACUGAGAAUCCUUUCUUGUUCUCUGGGACUAAAAUCGCUGAUGGUUAUGGCCGGAUGCUUGUCACAUCAGUAGGGAUGAACACGAACUGGGGUGAAAUGAUGAGCCAAAUCAGCCAAGACAACAAUGAAAAGACACCUCUGCAAGAACGUUUAGACAAGCUAACUUCGUCCAUAGGUAAAGUUGGUCUGGCAGUUGCUUUCUUUGUUCUUGUAGUCAUGUUGGUCAGAUACUUCACAGGGAAUACAGAGGAUGAGAAUGGAAACAAAGAGUACAAUGGCAGCAAGACAAAAUCUGAUGACAUAAUAAAUGCCAUCAUUGGGAUUGUAGCGGCUGCCGUUACAAUUGUUGUGGUGGCAAUUCCAGAAGGUCUACCAUUAGCUGUCACUCUCACUCUUGCUUAUUCCAUGAAGAGAAUGAUGGUCGAUAAUGCAAUGGUGCGGAAGCUCUCUGCUUGUGAGACCAUGGGAUCUGCUACAACAAUUUGUACCGACAAAACAGGUACUCUGACCAUGAACCAGAUGAAGGUGACUAAGUUUUGGUUGGGGAAAGAAUCUGUGGAAGGAGAAGCUUAUUCAUCUAUUUCUCCUUAUGUUCUCGACUUGAUCCAAGAAGGGGUUGCUCUCAAUACAACUGGUAGUGUGUACAGGCCUAGCUUGGAUUCCGAAGUUGAGAUCUCUGGCAGUCCAACUGAAAAAGCCAUUCUUUCAUGGGCGGUACAUGGGUCAAAGAUGGAUAUGGAGAAAGUGGUGAAGACUUGUAGCAUUCUCCAUGUCGAAGCCUUUAAUUCGAAGAAGAAACAAAGUGGAGUUCUAGUGAAGAGAAAGGCAGAUAACUCCAGCCAUGUACACUGGAAAGGAGCAGCAGAGAUGAUACUAGCAAUGUGCACAAGUUACUACAAUGCGUCUGGACUUGUUAAGGAUAUGGAUGAGAAUGAAAAAAGGAAGUUUGAGCAUAUUAUUCAAGGUAUGGCAGCUAGCAGCCUCAGAUGCAUGGCGUUUGCAUAUAAACAAGUUCCAGCAGAAGAGCGACUAAAUGCAGACCAGAAAUUUGUAUUAAAGGAAGAUGGAUUAACCCUAUUGGGACUUGUGGGUCUUAAGGAUCCAUGCCGUCCGGGUGUGAAGAAAGCAGUUGACGAAUGUAAAUAUGCAGGGGUGAAUGUCAAAAUGAUUACUGGUGACAAUGUUUUCACCGCGAAAGCCAUAGCUACUGAAUGUGGGAUACUCGGGGCUAGUCAGGACAUGUUCGGAGCAGUGAUUGAAGGUGUGGAAUUCCGCAACUACAUGCCAGAAGAGAGACUGGAGAAAGUUGACAAAAUUUGUGUGAUGGCAAGGUCUUCUCCUUUUGAUAAGCUUCUAAUGGUGCAAUGCUUGAAACAGAAAGGUCAUGUAGUUGCAGUUACCGGUGACGGCACCAAUGAUGCACCGGCACUGAAAGAAGCUGAUAUAGGACUUUCUAUGGGGAUUCAAGGAACAGAAGUUGCCAAGGAAAGCUCGGAUAUUGUGAUCAUGGAUGAUAACUUUGCUUCAGUUGCUACAGUUUUGAUGUGGGGAAGAUGCGUGUACAAUAAUAUCCAGAAGUUCAUCCAAUUCCAGCUCACUGUCAAUGUUGCAGCUCUUGUGAUCAACUUUGUAGCAGCAGUUUCAGCAGGUCAAGUCCCAUUAACAGCAGUUCAGUUAUUGUGGGUGAACUUGAUCAUGGACACACUUGGAGCUCUUGCUCUAGCCACAGAAAAACCAACAAGAGAACUUAUGGAGAAGCCACCAGUGGGAAGGACAGCACCUCUCAUCACAAACAUCAUGUGGAGGAACCUCUUGCCUCAAGCACUGUACCAGAUAACUGUCCUCUUGAUCUUACAAUUCUGGGGGAAAGCAAUCUUUGGUGUCAGUGAUAAGGUAAAGGACACAUUGAUCUUCAACACUUUUGUGCUUUGCCAGAUCUUUAAUGAGUUCAAUGCAAGAAAGCUAGAGAAGAAGAAUGUCUUCAAGGGAAUACACACCAACAAGCUGUUUAUGGGGAUCAUCGCGGUGACAAUUGUUCUUCAGGUUGUGAUGGUGGAGGUUCUCAAGAAAUUUGCAGAUACAGAGAGGCUGAAUUGGGGACAAUGGGGUGUAUGCAUUGGGAUUGCAGUCAUCUCUUGGCCAAUUGGUUGGCUAGUCAAAUGUAUCCCCGUUCCAGAGAAACCCAUAUUCAGUUAUCUGAAAAUGAAGAAAAAUAAGCAUUCUGUUUCAAAUAAACUGGCCCGAUAACCAUCAUGCAGGAUUGGAUAGUUUUUGUCUAGCUCUAUACCAGGAACAUUUGGAUGAAGUUAAGGAUGUCAUUAUACACACUUCUUCCGCACCUCUAUUUGGCAACAUUCAACUAUGUAGUCAACCCUUCCCGAUCAAGCAUUGCAGCAUUAGAAGCUUGUUCCAACCUUCUCCAUUUUCUUUUGUGGUGUUGCCGAAAUUCCAGGCAUUCUUUCACUCUUGUACCAAGUGUUCCCUAAGAGCCUGGAAUGUCCCACAUUUGGAGCCAAACGGGUUUGAGUUUAAACAUUGUUGCCAGUGAUCAUGUCUUCAAACUGCUUUCUUCCCUACUGUUUCAUCUUUACAUGACUGCUAUACCUUGAAUAAUCUGCUCAAGUUUCAAUAUUCAUUGUCAUCCAGAUCUUUACCAAGCCUAGCAGCAUUACUGUAACUCGUGAACAUUAUGAGUAUCAUCUGUGCAGUUACUUUUAAAUGAACUUGUCUGCCUUCCUCUUCAUCAUAAUUCCACAUCAUCUCUUCUUCAAAUAGGCCUUACAUGGAGAAUGCUGCAAUUCUUCACCAUUUUCUCAGCGGGACUGCUGAGAUUUCAAUUUCUGAUGAAUCCAAGCUAGACCUUGUAUAGACUACCACUUGCGCCUAUUUCAUUGGUAUAGUUGUUGUGGUUGAGCCCAUAGUCUGACAGCAGAUUGUUCCUAUCAGCCCCCAUUUCUCUCAUGGAAAAAACAAGAGUAAGAGUCACAACCGAUAUCUCUCUUCCGGAACUUCGGGCUUUACUACCACAGCAAAUUAACUGCUACAACCCAAUUAACCAGGAGGUGUACCAUGUCAUCACCAUUGUCUUGCUGAAAUUAUGCUCGUUAUUUCCUUUCCCAUCUUUUGUAUUUCCAGCAAUUAUGUUUAGUAUCCAACAAACUGACAAGACCUUGAGAACUAGAAAGCAUCUCUGAAACCUGCAUCAACCUAUCCAUGAGACUAGUUUGUUGACGACAUGAAAUGAGGUUCACGUACUGGUAUCACAAUUGGUUUCCACCGGCCAAUGUAGCAUGCAUCCUAAAAUAUGCAUCAGCAAUUUUAGACACAGAAAAGCAAGAACAAAUUCCGGCUAUUGUCAGUCACCUCUAUCAUGCUGCAUGCAUGAACUAGUAACGAAAUGAAGCAUGGCAUCAUCACCAACUACAAUUUCAAAUAACAUGGUUUAUUCCGUAUCAGCUGGAAUUUCUUUCUGCAGUCUCCAAGGAAAUGACAUCACCAACUAGAAUUUGGAGUAUCGAAAUCUCUCACAGCUUUAAUGUGGACAUUAACAUGGUUACCUUGUUUGAAUACUGAGAGGAUAAUACUGCAAGGUUUUUGAAGGUUUUUCCACACAAAAUGGAAGAACCCUUGUGUGGGUGGUUAUUUCUUGUAUUUGGGUCCGGUUGACACAUUUCAUCAAACACCUAGUGGGCUUCACCAUUAAUUGCUAGCUCUACACCAAUCUUCAGAGCUAAUGCUCACUUCUUCAGCCCUCCUCCCAACUCCUGGAACUGAUGUGGACUUUUGCGGCAUUGGGCUCGCUCUCUUGGUUUCUCAAACCUAUAUUCUAUAUUUCAACGCCUUAUUCUGCAAGGGAAUCCACCACGAGUCCUUACGCUCCGUCGUGACGAGCUGCCAUUGAUGUUAUGUUGUUAGAAUAGUUUUCAAAUUAUAAAGAGGGAAAAAAAUACAAACAGUACCCAAAUUAUGGGCCAUUAAUAAUUUUCGUACCUUAACUUCAAAAACUAUCAUUUUGGUACCUGGACUUU